AUGCUCUUCGGCUAUGACACCGGUGUCAUCUCCGGUGUCUUGGUGGUUCUUGGAGCGGACCUCAACAACAGAGUUCUGUCGAGCUCAGAGAAAGAAUUGAUCACAGCUCUAUGCGCCGCAGGUGCCUUCUGCGGCUCGAUUGUUGCCGGUGUCACGGCUGAUAGGUUCGGCCGGAAGCCUGCCAUCUGGUUCGCCUCAGUGCUAUUCACCAUCGGUGCCAUCAUUCAGGCGUCCGCAUAUACAAUCAUCCAGAUGUCCGUAGGCCGCAUCUUGAUCGGGCUGGGAGUGGGUUCUGCUUCGACCAUUGUUCCAUUGUACAUUGCGGAAAUUUCGCCCGCGCGUUUCCGUGGAAGAAUGAUCUCAAUUGAUAUGAUCUUCCUGGGAACUGGGUCUGUUCUGGCGUACGCUUUCGACGCCGCAUUCUACCACGUUCCCCACGGAUGGAGAUAUAUGGUCGGCCUCGGCGCAAUUCCAUCCACAGUCCUCGGGAUCUUCCUAUUUUGGUGUCCAGAGUCUCCGCGACAGCUUCUUUUCCACAACCGGCUUGAGGAGUGCAUACAAGUCGUUCGUCGGAUCUACCCGAAUGCGUCAGAGGAGCAGAUUAGCCAGAAGAUUCUAUCCAUUAAAUACGGCGUCACCCAAGCCAAGGCUAUGAAUGAGGAAUUCUCCGUUCGGACGGCCCUCAAGCACCUAUUCAUGAUUCCCGCCAACCUUCGAGCCCUAACUGCGGCCUGCGGGUUGAUGGCGUUCCAGCAGUUUUGUGGCUUCAACACCCUCAUGUACUACUCGGCAACGUUGUUCCAAAUUGUCGGCUUCUCCAACCCUAUCGCGGUCGGGACCGUCGUCGCGGUGACGAAUUGGAUCUUCACAGUUCUCUCAAUCAUCUUCAUCGACCGCAUAGGUCGUCGCCGCAUCCUGUUGUGGACCAUUUGGGGUAUGCCCGUCUGUCUCAUCAUCGCCGCGGGAGCCUUUACCAAGGUGCCCAUUGAUCGGCAAACCCUUGAGCUCACUAACAGUCACAUCGGAUGGCCAGCGAUCGUCGUAUUGGUAGCCAUGAUCCUCUUCGUAGCGUUCUACGCUGCCGGGCUGGGCUGCGUUCCCUGGCAAGCGAAUGAGUUCCUGCCCAUGGAGAUCCGCGCGAUGGGCACGAUGAUGAUCAAUAUUUGCAACUGGGGGCCCAACAUAGUUGUCUCCUCCACCUUCCUGUCCAUGAUGAAGGGCAUGUCGCCAUCUGGCACCUUUGGAUUCUAUGCUGGCUUGUCAUUCCUCGGCCUUGUCUUUGUCUAUUUCUGUUUCCCCGAAGCAGCCAAUAUGACUCUGGAGGAGAUUCGAAAUGUGUUCGCACACGGGUUUGGUGUGAAAUAUGCCGAGGACUGGAGAAAGCAAGCGCGGUUGGAAUCGCGACGAGCAGCGAUUGAUGCUGGUGUCUGA